UGAUUAUUUGCUUUUGGCUUCGUGCCCUCGUUGUGUGUGUGUUGCUCGUAGAGGAAGGACAGUUCGCGACACCACAAAAGAGUUCGGCACACGAUUGCGCUUGCCAGAGAAGGGGUUUUGUGUGUGUGUGCUGGGCGCAGCCAUGGAGCUUCUAGCGCUGCUCUUCAGCUUACUUUUGUUGCCGACUGUGUUCGCGUUGCUGCUAUGGCGACGCUCGCACACGGCGCGUGAGGAAGUCGCCAGUAAUGGUGUCGCGGCUGCGCCCUCACGAGCCGCGGAGACGCGAGCCAGUACCAGGAGUCGGAUGAGGCGGCGCCACACAUCAGUUGCGCCUGCUGUGUCUUCUUCUGCAAGUGGAGUUGGCGAUGACGAGGCGGAGGAGGAGGAGGAUGAAGAAGAGGAAGUUGACGGCCAUUAUGUUUCUAAGAAACCAGGAAAGAAGGAUUUGAAAAAGAAGGAGAAAGAGGCCCGCCGGGAGGCCGAAAAAGCUGCAAGGGAGGCAAAAAGUGAAAAACAGGACAGGUAUGAGGCUAUGCGUCGCAAGAAAGAUGCGGAGCGAGAGGAAGAAGAGCGUCGCAAGGAGGAAGCUGCCCGAGAGCAAAAAGCGAGAGAGGAGCAAGCAGCCAAUGAAGAAUUCGAGAAAUGGAAAUCACAUAUCGUUGUUGAUACAGAGGGAACCCUUGAGGAUACUGAAAAACAGACUCAAGGAUUGCUCGUCGAUUUUGUAGAAUACAUCAAGAAACACAAGUGUGUGGCAUUGGAGGACCUUGCUGCGGAGUUCAACCUGCGUACCCAGGAGUGCAUAAAUCGAGUGAUGGAGCUAGAACAAAUGGGUCGUAUUUCAGGAGUUAUGGAUGACAGGGGGAAAUUCAUUUACAUUUCCCCAGAGGAGAUGAAGGCGGUGGCUGAUUACAUCAAGCGUCUUGGUCGUGUUAGCAUCGCCCACUUAGCUAGCAAGUCAAAUGAAUUCAUUGACUUGGAGCCGAAGAUUCUGGAGACUGACAUCAUCUCGUGUGCAGAAGAAGUGGGCGAGCCUUCAAAAAUUGACAGCGUCGCUCGUCCUAUACCUGUAGCUUAAGCAGUGAAACCGCAUUGGAAACUAUUCUUCAAUCAUGUAAAUACUCAAAGAAGCUGGGAUCCGUGCAGUGUUGAUGUAAGAAGCUGUAGCCUAGUGUCUUCAACAGAGAGCCGUUCCAUUCCUAGCGAUGAUAAGUGCACGAGAUGGUGUUUUUCCUGUACUUAAUGCACCUUCGCAUUUAUGUAACGCCUUGGCUUCAGAUGUUCUGCAUGUCAUGAAGAUCAUUUUUUACA